UGUCGAUAUCGCAUUCAAAAUCUACAUAUCCAGCGAGAUGUCAGAAACGAAGUCGAUCAUUCUGACGGGUGCAAGUCGAGGCAUUGGUCUUGCUAUUGCAAGAUAUUUGCUUACCCAAAAGCAUAAUGUUUUUCUCGUGGCGAGAACUAAAGCUCCCAUGGAGGAGUUGAAGAAAGAGUUUCCAGGACAAGUUGAUUUUCUGGCUGCUGAUCUUGCAGAUUUUGAGGUCGGACCCAAAGUCAUUUCACAAGCCAUAAAAUCUUUUUCCCGCAUCGAUGGCCUCAUCAUAAAUCAUGGAACGCUCAGUCCUGUGAAGAGGGUAGCAGAUACCACUGCAGCAGAAUGGCAAUCUGCCUACAACAUUAAUCUCUUCAGCGCCAUCGCAUUCAUCCAACCAGCAAUGCCUUAUCUUCGUCAAAGUCAUGGCAGAAUCAUUCUGACUUCCUCUGGCGCUGCAUUAAACAGCUACUCCACUUGGGGAGCGUACGGUUCUUCGAAAGCGGCGUUCAAUCACCUUGCAGCGACUCUGAAGAAUGAAGAACCUGAUAUUACGACUAUCGCGAUCCGACCAGGAACAGUGGAUACCGAAAUGCAAGCCGAGAUCCGUAAGAAUAAGGACGUCAUGGAUGCGAAGGACGCAGAGAAAUUUGGGAGCCUGCAUACCGAAGGUAAACUGCUAAAGCCAGAGCAGCCAGGGAAUGUGAUGGCAAGACUGGCUCUGAAUGCAGACAAAGAAUUAAGUGGAAAGUUUGUCAACUGGAAUGAGAAAGAGCUUGAAGCAUAUCAAGACUAAUGGACAUAUAUAAUUAUAGACUAGAGCUCAGUUGAACAAAUGCAUGUUCUCAGGCCUCCUCUCUAUCUCAAGCCUACACUUUU